AGGGGGCACGCCAGGUGCCCUGGGUCUGGCUGCAGUUCACUAUCAACCUCUCAAGUGGGAGGGUUUGAAAUCCUCAACCAGGACACCAGCCCUACCCCACAGACUGGCGCUAUCGAGGGAGAUGUGUGUGUGGCUCCCCAGGAUGAAAUUCUGAGAGGACAGAAACCUGUAAGAAAAAGAAGGAAGCAGCAACAGGAGCCCGAGAAGUGGUCGGGAACGGAAAACAAACAGUAAGCUGCGCGCUGGGAAGCGCAUUCAAAGCGAUGGCGCAGACGCUGUGCCGGCUCCCAGCGGGAAGAGCAAACCAUCUGCAGAGCUGGGAGGCGCUCAGUGUGGAUUUAAACAGGCAGUGACGCGAUGCGGAGGAAAAGGCAUCCGGACAGAGAGACCAUGAAACAGCGGCCACAGAGAAAGGAGAGAAGACGGCAAUCAUCGGUCCACAGGGCAACAAAAUAUCUGGCUCUCAUGGACAUGCAGAAGAUAUCAAGAUCAGCCCAGGACAAACCCCCCUCACAGCUCUCUUCCCAGCCCUCCAGAACCCCGCUCCAUCUCCUGAUGGGCAGCAACAGCAGUCAGCACAUGUUGGAAGACCAAGUCCUCUGUCCCAUUUGCCUGGAGGUGUUCCGCAACCCAGUCACUACCGCCUGCGGCCAUAACUUCUGCAUGACUUGCCUUCAGAGUUUCUGGGACCACCAGGCUGCCAUUGGGGAGACUCACUAUUGCCCCCAGUGCAGAGAGGCCUUCUCCAGCAGGCCCCGCCUCUGCAAGAACGUCAUCCUCGGGGAGAUGGUGGCUUGCUUCACCCAGGCCAAGAGCCAGACCUCAGGGUCCUUGUGGGGCCUGGCUGGCCCCACAGAUGUGCCCUGUGACUUUUGCUCUCAGCAGAAGCUGAGGGCAGCCAAGUCAUGCCUGCAGUGUGUGGCUUCCUUGUGUGAGAAACAUCUGCGCAGCCACUUUGAGGACCAGCUGUUCCAGGACCACCAGCUGUUGGACCCAGUGUGGGACCUCACGAACCGCUUGUGCCGCAAGCAUCGCAAGCUCCGGCAGCUGUAUUGCCGCACGGAGGGCAGCUGCGUGUGCGGAGCCUGCCUAUUGGAGGAGCACAAGAACCACGACACCACCCCCCUGGAGGAUGAACGGGCCCGCAAAGAGGUGGAAGUUCGGAAGAUUCAGGCCAAUGUGGAGAACCAGAUGCUGAUCAUUGCCUCUGACAGUCAGAAACACCAGGGACGAGUGAGUUUUCUCUCGAAACUGAUUCAGACCAUGCGAGACGAGGUGGACACCUGCUUCUCCGAGAUCCUCCAUGAGAUUAAACAGCUGCAGAUGAAGGUCUUGGAUUUUGUGGAGAAGGAGGAGGCGGCCGCCCUGGGAAAGCUGGGCAACUCUAUCCAGCAAAGCCACAACCGGCUGCUCAAGUUGGAGGGGGACAGCGUCUGGCUCCACAGCCUGCUCGCCAAUAGGAGUGAUGAGCAGUUCCUACAGGAGUUCCCCAAACUGAAGCACUUCCCUGCCUGCGUGGAACCCUUGCUAGGCACCAACUGUGAGGAGACACAGAGCUUCCUUCAGCUGCCAGAGACCCUGUCACAGCUCCGGAUCAGGCUGAUGGACAUCGGUCUUAGCUUCAUUAAUCAGCUUCUCCUGAAGGGAAUCAGGAUGAGCUCCUAUGAGGUGCUGCCCGCAACUGUGGAUAGAAAGACACUGCUCCAGAAUUACUGCAACCUGAACUUUGACCCCUGCACGGCCAGCGAAGAGCUGUUCUUGUUCAAAGAAACACACUCGGUGUUGAACUUGGGCAUCCUUCUGGAGCCCUCGACCAUCAACAGCCCGUUACCAGGCUUCAAGCAGUGGCCCCAGGUUCUGUGCUGCCCAGGCCUGUCCGAAGGCUGUCACUACUGGGAGGCUGAGGUGUCCAACUCGUGGAUGUGCCUGGGAGUCACCUACCGUCGCAGCCCUCCCCUGAGCGGUCGCCACCGUCGCAACAUCGUCUACCUGCUGGGCCGCAACCCCUACUCGUGGUGUCUGGAGUGGGAUUCGCUCAAGUUCUCCGUGUGGCACGACAACACACAGACGGUGCUACACGGAUCCUACCACCACACGCUCGGCGUGGCGCUGGACUUCGGGACCGGCUGCCUGUCCUUCUACGGCGUGGCGGGCGAUGUGAGCCUCCUCUACCGCUUCCUCACUUCCUUCCUCGAACCCCUGUACCCCGCGGUCAUGGUCAGCAGUGGAGCCUCGCUCACACUCAAGCAGUAUCCUGAGGCAUAGGUAGCGCCCGCAGGCCCAGGCUUGCUGCCAAUAAAGUUAGACUCUACGUACUGCCGUGCAGGGGUCAAAGUUCAGGUUGCAGUAAUCUGGGGUUAGGGAUAGAGGCACAAGGGAGCUAGGGUCAUUGUUCCCAGGGCAGUAGUGCGGAGGGGGUGGCUCUCGGCAUGGUCCUAUGCGCCAAGAAUGAAAGUCAGUGGCCCACCUGCUUCCCAACCUCAAACUCAGAAAUCUGCCUGCCUCUGCCCCCCAAGUGGUGGAAUUAAAGGCAUGUGCCACCA